AUGAUGUCAACUGAAACUGUUAUUUUGGGAAUUCACAGGGUGAAUGAUUUGAAGACUGGUACGCUGAUAGGAAUUGACAAAUAUGGAAACAAAUACUAUGAAGACAAAAGAAACUUCUUUGGUCGACACAGAUGGGUCAUCUAUACUAAUGAAAUGAAUGGCAAAAAUACAUUUUGGGAAGUUGAUGGAAGUAUGGUGCCCCCCGAAUGGCAUCGCUGGCUUCAUUCAAUGACGGAUGACCCUCCAACUACUCAUCCACCAGUUGCUCGUAAAUUUAUCUGGGAAAACCAUAAAUUCAAUCUGAGUGGCACUCCCGGACAGUAUGUACCUUACUCUACUACUCGCAAGAAGAUACAAGAGUGGAUCCCACCUACAACAGCUAGCAAAUAACAACAGCAACAACAACAACAACAGUGACUUGCCUCAGCUUUGGCUUUCAGUGUAAAUUGUAUUUUCACUGGUUUUGUUCAAAAUAAAAGCCUCCUAUA